GUUCGAAACAGUGUCUCUGCGAACGCUCUGAGUGCAUUCGCACCGACUGCGCGAACAUUCGAUGCGGCGAAAGGAGCAUGGCUACCCGGGGUAAUAACGAGGAUGGAAAUUUUGUUCUAAGCGGGAAUUUUAUUACUACUAAAGGUUCUCGAAUUCAUCUGGUGUUGACAAAGGCGGCAAUUUCGUGGGUGACAGAGAACUCUGCUAAACCUGACGUUUCUAUUCCAUUGAGGCACUUGAUUGCUGUGAACCCAUGUGAUUGUUCUGGUCUGAAACCAACUAAGCCUCUGCGGUGUUAUCAGUGUCGGACAAAACAGUACCAUGUCGGUGGCCCUGCAGCGGAUGUUCUAUUCACUCAUGCAAAAUCUCUAAGACUUCAUUAUGCUGUGCCUUUCGGGAGACAUAUGUGGAGGCUAGAUAGCCAAGUAUUCCGUCCACUAGAAGAUACACGGUUAAAAGAAUGGAUUGAGAUCAUACAAGAUUUGUUACUGGAACUUACUCGUCCUAAACGUUUACUCAUUUUUGUUAAUCCAUAUGGAGGAAAGAAGAAAGGAGUCAAAAUUUUUGAACAAAAGGUUUCUCCAAUUCUUCUACUUGCAGGUAUAGAAGCACAUGUAGUAGUUACUCAAAGAGCUAAUCAUGCUAAAGAAAUGAUUGAAGACAUAGAUAUUCUUAAAUAUGAUGGGAUUGUUUGUGUUGGUGGGGAUGGGAUGUUUAGUGAAAUUUUGAACGGCACCCUUUUGAAAACUCAAAAGGAGAAAGGACUGGAUCUCAAUGACCUUUAUAACAGUCUAAUGGUUCCUAGGAUUCCGCUUGGAAUUAUUCCAGCUGGAUCUACUAACGCUGCUGCGAAUUGUAUUACUGGGUCUUGUGAUCCUGUUUCGGCAACACUUUUAAUUAUUAUGGGUGAUAGCGUAGGAGUUGAUGUCUGUGGCGUGUACAGUUCUGGGCAGUUCCUUCGUUUUGUCAUUACUUUCUUAUCGUAUGGGUACUUUGGAGAUGUGAUACGUGACAGUGAAAAGCUACGAUGGAUGGGACCAAAACGCUACGACUUUUCUGGAUUUAAAAAAAUUCUUUGCCGAAAGCUUUAUGAAGGUGAGCUUCAGUUACAAGUCGAUGUUCCUCUUAAUCGUUCUUCCUGGGAAAAUGACCUUUGUGGCAUUAACUGUGAAACAUGCUCGGUUGCAUCUCACAAAAGUCUAGAAUCUGAAAAUUCUGUCAAGAAAAUGAAGUGGCUAACUGUGCGUGGAAGAUUCAUUGGAGUGAAUGCAGCCAUCAUGAGUUGUGCUUGUUACAUGUCUUCUAAAGGAAUAUCACCCUCACAGCAUUUAGGAAAUGGUUAUUGUGACGUCAUUCUAGUUUCAUCCUGUUCUCGCUUGAAUUACUUAAGAUACUUGUUAAGGACAUCAUACCAUCAUAGCAAUCCAUUUGACUUGAAUUUUGUUCAAGUAUAUCGUGUCAGAGAAUUCAGAUUCAAUCCGUUUGUGACUGAUGAUAAGACCCCAGCUACUGGCUGUGCCGGAUUGCAAGACAACUGGCAAGAGAUGAAUACUAGUGUUUGGAACUGUGAUGGAGAAGUCGUUGCAGAACCAGCUCUAACAUCAAGAGUGCAUUGCCAGCUGAUUAAUGUAUUUGGAAGAGGUUUUGAAAACAGAAAACCAAGAUCAACACUGUCAAGCUGCUUCAAUUUUAUGAAGAGCUAAGUGAUAACUGUACUUCUAACUUUGGUUUUGGAUAUUUUACAGAAAGAAACUAGAGUACAUAAAAAGUGCCAGACAUUUAGCUAAGCUAUGGUAAACUUUUGACAAAAGAUCUGAUUUUAUUAUCAUUCUGCCUCUUAAAAUCGUAACAUUCCCUUGUGAGUUUCUUUUUAAUGUUGUAAUUUUGUUUGAGUAGUGAGCAAUAUAAGAAAAUAUUUAGAUUCUUUAAAACCUUGCUCAUAAGGAUAUACUUGUUUUUUUUUUAAGAGUAUACAUGAAAAUUGAAACCAUUUUUAAAUGUUUUAAAAGGUUGAGACUGUGGUGGUUUUGAGGCUUGUAAGUUUUGCUGUUUUUUCAAAUGCUAGAGUUUCAUAACAUAAUUGCCAACAUUAAAAGCUGAAAAUUAGAAGACUUCUGUAUAAAAACAAAGGAGAUUUUAAAAUCAGUAAAUUUAAUGUGGAAAAAUUUGUGUAAAAAAUUUUUAGAUAAUAAAUAUGAAUAUAGGACCAGAAAUCUGUCAGGAUCUAAAAUUUGGAAAUUGAGAUUAUCACUUUUUUGAAGUUAAAAAAAAAAUUAUGGGUUAUAAAAUUUUUUAAGAGGCAUACGUUAAUUUUCUCUUAAGUGAUGAUACACAUUCCUUGGUGCAGGUACAGAUUUAGGAAAUUCCGAGAAGAAUCAGAAAUGUUUUGCCUCAGUUUUUUAGACAUAAACUUAUUUAUUUAUUAUUAUUUUUUUUAAAUUAACAUGUAUCAAAAAUGAUCUUUUCAUACUUGUUUAUUAAGAGGUUUCGUUUUUGCUAUCUUGAGUGUUUUUGCUAAAAUUUUGAUUAUUGAAAAAUUCCUUUUUUAGGAAAUUUUAACUUAUGAUAAAUUCAGGGAAUCUCCGAAAUGAAUCGGGAGAGUUGUUUGCUAUGUCAUACACAGUUUUAAGAAUAAACAUUUUAAAAAUUAUACCUUCAGAUUAUUCACUAAUGUUUUUUUUUAUUAGGAACAAAAAUGAUUUAGUAGAUUAAAAUUACAUAAAAUGCCUAAAUAAAAUCGCCAAACUUGACGUUGCCAAUUUUCAAAAUGUUUAGGAAGAGCAUUUCAAAACGUAAGUAUCAAUCUAAUUUAUUCAAACAAAUUGUAAGUGAACUAUUGUUCUCAAGACUACAAUGCUUUCAAUCAGUUUAAGCAUAAUUAGUUUCGAAUGUACUUUUUUUAGAAGUGAUAUCCUUAGAUCAGGAAUUAGUAAAUAGAGGGAGCUAGUCCAAUCAUUGGCCUAGCAAAAGCUUAGGCAAAGAGCUCUAGUCACAUGACUUAACAACGAAUGGUUCACACAUUUUGCAUGAAACUACCCAAAUAAACCAGUUUUCUUCCUAUGCUUUGCUUUAAAAUCUAUCAUGUGCCUUGGUGUUUUUUCUUUAAACGAAAGUCUUCCCUCCCACCAUUUUAUCCUUUCUCGAUGGUGAUAUCAAUAAUUUAUUGGGUUGUUCGGAAAGUCAUUUCGUUUUUUUUGGGGAACAUGAAAGACAGUUUUCGUAUAAUGAAUAAAUAUUUUAUUAAAUUAUAUAUUGGCCAUUCUGGUCCAACACCUUUUGCCAUCUUUCUGGCAGUAACAUAAUUCCCCUCUCAUAAAAGUUUUGGUCCUUGCUGGCAAAAAACUGGUUUAGGUGGUUUUUGACAUCUUCAUUUGAGGUAAAGGUUUUGCCAUCCAAAAAAUUUUGCAGGGACCGGAACAAAUAGUAGUCGGAAGGAGCCAGAUCUGGAGAAUAUGGUGGAUGUUGCAGUACGUCCCAUUCAAGCUGUAAAAGUUUUUGGCGAGUGACCAAACUUGUGUGAGGUCUCGCAUUAUCCUGGUGGAACACUACACCCUUCCUGUUGAUUAAUUCGGGCCUCUUCUCUUUAAGUGAAUCAUUCAAUUUGUCCAGCUGAUAACAAUAGACUUCUGAAUUAAUCGUUGUAUUGUCCGGCAAAAGC